ACAAUUUCCUAAUCACCUGCCUGGUGCUGGGUGCACUCUGUGACGACUUAGACAGACACACACACUCUGUCAUCCCAAGACUUAAGUCAUGCUGCAACUUUAGGAUAUAUAUUCUGUUGAAUAUACAUACUUGUGCAGUUAAUAUUUUUCCCUCAAGUUUGUAAAAAGAGCACAGAAAAAUGUUUCCUAUAUUUUGGAUCCUCCUCCUUCUCCCUCUGGUCUCCGCCCAGACAUACCAUUGGGGUCCAUGCCCCACCCCCAGUGUCCAGACCAACUUCAGCCUGCAGCAGUACCUGGGCACGUGGUAUGAGAUAGCGAAACUUCCAGCAUCCUUUGAGAGAGGGAAAUGCAUCCAGGCCGAUUACUCUCUGAGGGGAGACGGCACCAUCAGAGUCCUCAACUCCCAGUUCUAUAAAGGUAAGGUGCGGACUGUGGAGGGGACAGCAGUGGUCCAGGACCCAAAAAAACCAGCCAAACUGGGAGUCAGCUUCUCCUACUAUGCUCUAUCCACAUGUCAUUUAGCCCUACCUCUAUAGUUACAGACAGAAAUACAACUAUCAAAUACUAGACCUAGUAUCCACCUCUCGUGUCUAAUUAAUCAAUAAGGCACGAGGGGGUGUGGUAUAUUGCACGACGCAUCCGGAGUGCCUGGACACAGCCCUUAGCCGUGGUA